CCGAAAACCUGCACAAAAGCCCAAAACUCUAUUUAUAGAAGGAAGAAAUGAGCCUAGGCUGCGGGGUCUCUCGGUCAUCGACUCUGUAUCAGACAUAGAGAAUUCUGAUCAGUCUACAUCUCGCUUGGCAUACGCGUGUGCAUUGUCCUUCGGAUGCCCAAACCCAUGGAUCCACUGGCGCUCCCCGAGCUUUUAGAGCGCAUCCUCUUUUUUGUUGCGGGUGUACAGGGGCGGGAUGUCCUUUCCUGCGCAGUGGUUUCGAGGGCUUGGACGUAUCCCAGUCAAGCCGCCCUACUUUUCAGAAGGAUUUCACUCGACUCCGACAUCAGGCCCGCACGAUUCCACCGACUCCUCGAUAGUCUCCACAACUCCACCCACCUCGCUUCGCACGUUCGCAGUCUCGAUUUGAGGACCUCAGAGCAUACGGUGGCCCACCGAGAGCUGUUUCGCAUAGCCUUUCCGAAUUUGCGCUCCUGGUCGUUCCACAGGGAAUGCCAGGCCAGGAGGUUGUGGAUGCGUUGCAGCAGAUGAUAUUCAGCGCAUCCCGCCUGUAUAGAGUGUCAUUGGCCCUCAGCUUACCCGAUGGCUCAUCUUACAAUACUAUCCAGCGCAUCUUCGCGCGAUGCUCUUCCUCUCUCCGAUACCUCAGGCUGAAUAUCAAAAUCUGGAAAGGAAAGGAAUCAAGCAUGAGCAAGUGAGCGCACCGAGUACGAUUUUCCUAGAACGCCUGGAUCUUGCGAUGUCACCACUUCAAGUCGUCGACGUCUUCAGCCAUCGUGAAGGAUCACGAUUCUCAUUGCUUCGACUGCAGACUCUAUGUUGUACCCAUCGCGAGUUUCUGGAUCGGCCAGGGAUCCGCGAUGCACGUCAGUCCCUACAAGCCUUGCAGAUCGAGCCACCCACGCCUGAGGGGCCGGUUCGCUGGAAACUUGACAUGGCUGAUUUCCCCAAUGUGUCCGUCAUCGGUCUGAGACCGAACUUUUUUCUACUCCCUAGUGCACUAACGUCCUUCAUGCGAUUCUUCAAAGAUGUCUUCCGACCGACCCAGAAGAAUACCGUCAGGGUAUUUGUUUUCCCAUCGCUCUUGUUCCCCAGCUUGGACUGGCCAGAGGCAGAUGCGGUCAUCGACGAACUGCUCAGCACCAUGUCGCCUCCACCGAUGAUUGCGUUAGACCGUGACGACCAUUACCGUGAUAUUUCACCGUUCUUUGUCAAGCUCAGUUCGUCUGGCAGAUUGCGACAGGCUGAUUUCACGAAAGCAGAAGAGGCUCUGCUUGCGAGGUAGGAAUGACGAAUGCGAUCGGAAUUGAAGUGUACGGUCAUCAUUGUAUAUACACACGAAUGAUUGAGGAGCAGAGAUCCUCGAACCACGUCCAGCCCGACGAGUCAAAUUCAGACUCAGUGCUCAAUGGCGAGAUCCCCUAAGCUCAAUGAUAGGAUCGAAUCCGGCCCAGUGCUUACUUGCACAGUGACAACGUCUGGGGAUCGUAUUUAGGUACUUACAGAGCCUCGUUACACAUUGGGGUGAAUCUAUGCAAUCGUGAUCUGAUCC